ACGACAUAAACCAACUAAAUCAUCAUGACUGGACGUGGUAAAGGAGGCAAGGCAAAGAGCAAGGCCAAGAGCCGCUCAUCCCGUGCAGGACUUCAGUUCCCUGUUGGCCGUGUGCACCGUUUCCUGAGGAAGGGCAACUAUGCUGGCCGCGUCGGAGCUGGUGCCCCAGUGUACCUCUCUGCCGUACUCGAGUACCUGACCGCUGAGAUCCUCGAGCUCGCUGGCAACGCCGCCCGCGACAACAAGAAGAGCAGGAUUAUCCCCCGUCACCUUCAACUCGCCGUCCGCAACGACGAGGAGCUGAACAAGCUUCUUGGUGGAGUUACCAUCGCCCAAGGUGGUGUCCUCCCCAACAUCCAGGCUGUACUCCUCCCCAAGAAGACCAGCAAGUCUGCUUCUGCUUAAAAAGUUUACACUAGUCGUCUAGUGAAAACGGCUCU